AGAUAGGGUUAUAAGAUAUAUCAAAUAGGUGUCAAAUAGAUAAAAACAUGGUUUUUCUAUUAUAUAUAUCAUAUUUCUAAUUGUUAACUUGAAAAAAAUAUAAGUUUACAUACAAAAAAAUGAGAAUUGACAAUGAGGACUUCAGUCCUUCCGAUUCCGAUGAAGAAUACACUGAAAAUGAAAAAAAUUUAUUAAAUAAAGUUAGAAAUCCCAAAGAAGAAUAUUCUGACAAUGAGCAAGAGGUAUAUGGAGUUGGACCAUCUGAUGAAGACGAAGAGGAAGCAGAUAAUGAGAGCGAUUUGGCUUUAAGUGACGUAGAAGGCCAACAAGAUGACGAUCUUCCAGACGUACGAGCUUGGGGCAAAGACAAGAGGCAAUUUUACCAGACGGAUUAUGUAGACCAGGAUUAUGGUGGUUUUCAGGGAAAAGAUGCCCAUUUGGCUGAACUGGAAGAAGAAGAGGCUAGGAAUUUGCAAAAACAGUUAGCCCAACAACUUGAUGACGAUGAUUUUGCUCUGGAUAUAUUUUCAAAAAAACCUAAGGAAGAUGAAAAAGCUGGUGAAGAAAUUGUUAAAACAGAUAUUUCUAAAUUAUCAAAGAGGCAAAAGUUGGAAAUUAUGCAGAAAGAGUCACCUGAGUUUUUUAGUUUGGUUGAGGAUUUUCAAAGUAAAAUGGUUAUAGCUAAGGAUUUCUUACAACCAAUUUUGAAAAAAGCUGAAAGUGGGGAGAUACCACACAGCAAAGCUGUUGAUUUUGUUCAGACAUAUUAUGAAUUAAUUCUCAACUACUGUACAAACAUAUACAUGUACCUAUUGCUGAAGUCUAGCAAAACUAACGUGCAAAAUCAUCCCUUGAUUAAACGUCUGUACCAAUACAGACAACUUCUUAUGCAACUGGAAUCUGUUUACCAAGAAAUCAUAAAGCCUCAAAUAGAACUGAUACUGUCUGAAGAAGAAAAAGGUGAUAAACUCGAAGAUAUCCAGCACAAGAAAAAAACUCUAAAACUAUUGUCGCAACUUACUAAUAAACCCAAGCAACCAGAGAAGAGAAAACCUGAAGAAGAAUCGCAACCAAUUAAAGUGAAGAAAGUGAAAUUCGAUGAACAAACCCUACUAAACAAAGAUAAGAAGGAUAUUGAAAAGGAAAUUGAAGAUUCCGAAUCUGGACCCUCCGAAGGUGAAGAAUUGGAGGAAAACGUGGAGGAAAAUGAUGCCGAAGAGUCUACGAAACGUGCUAUUACUUACAAGAUGGCCAAAAACAAGGGGCUUACUCCGUAUCGAAAGAAGGAGCUAAGAAACCCCAGGGUUAAACACAAAUUGAAAUAUAGGAAAGCCAUUAUACGGCGUAAGGGUGCUGUACGAGAAGCAAGAAAGGAAUUAUCGAGGUACAGUGGUGAAAUAUCUGGUAUUAAGGCGACAGUCUCUAGAAGCGUCAAGAUUAAAACGUAAUUUUGUAAAAAUAAAUUUGUUUUUAUUGAA